AUGGAAUGCAUGGCACGUACGGGUACCUACAAAUCAGAUCUAGCAGCCGUGGGCAGGUUAACAUUCAUGACCAUUAGCUUUCCCCCAGACAUAGAGGACUCCUUGAGCAGUUCGGACGUGAUCACCAGGGAGGGAAACAACGUGACCCUCUCCUGCUCCGCAAACGGAUCUCCGGAACCUACCAUCAAGUGGAGGAGGGAUGACGGUCAGAUGAUCAACAUUAACAAGUCAUAUUCGAGUAAUAGUCUCAGUCUAAUCUUAACUACUAGACUCGGUGUCUCUACCGAAGAUUAUGUGACGAUAACUGUUACUUCUAUUUCUUUUGACCACUGGUUUAAUAUCGCGUGUUAUUCAUUACUGUGUUUUGCGAUCAUUGACUAUUUUAAAAUGCCCAACAACGACAAUCCGCUCGGAAACGCUCUAAAAACAUUAGCUGAAGUUUCUGAAUUUUCGAUUUUAAGGAAAGACCUUAAAAUAAAUCUCCUCAAAGCGAUAGACGAUAUACAAAAUUACGUACAUUACACUUCUUCUAUCUUGAAUCAACCUACAAGAAAUGAAACCAUUAAUGAGACUACCAACCUUACACCAUCUUAUUCACAGGUAUCAAAACCCAAUCGAAAGUUGCCAUUAUUUAACCUCAUUAUCAAAAGUAAAUCGAAAAAGGACGCAGAAGUACUAAAAAGGGAAUUCAAAACGGUCAUAAAGCCAAAGGAUUUACAAAUUGGAAUCAAUAAAAUCUCUGCUAAAAAAGACUCCAUUAUAGUUGAAACCAAUACACCACAUGAAAGAGAAAUAAUUCAACAAAAACUACAAAACGCGCAAGAUCUGGUUGUCCGGCAAGCCAACAGAAGAAAACCAAAAUUAAUCUUCAAAGACAUUGACGAAGAAGUGACCAUAGAGAAUUUCACGGAACAUCUCGUGAAACAGAACGCGGCGCUGGAAAUUGAUCCGAGCUCGAUAAGGCCUGUCAUCUUUCUGAAGAAUCGACGGAACAAUAGGAUCCACGCGGUAAUCGAAACCGAUGCUGCCACAAGAACCAAAUUAAUAUACAACAAGAUAGGAUUGGGACAUAAGAAGCACUGGGCAGAAGACUAUUGGAGGAUUCGCCGGUGCACCAAGUGCUGCAAAUUUCACCACUCCGAGGAUCAGUGCCAAGGAACGACCACCUUCCCAACUGCUGCGGCAGCCAUCGGCUGA